AUGUCUCAAAGAGAUAUUUCUGAUCCCGUUGCCGGCUCUUCUGCAGCAGCAGCUGGAGCUCACAGGAAUAUGAGUCGACCCUCUCAGCCAGCGUUGCGGCCAAAACGCGCAGCUGUGAACGCGAACUCACCCUUUCAUGGACCAACCAAUCCUGUUGGUCACCACAAACAGUAUGUUCUUCUGGCGAACAAAACUCCCUCGACAUUAAUGCUGGAUGACACUUCUUUGGACAAAAAAGCCAGACCGGCAUUGAAGCAUUCGGCCUCUUCGAAGUACAUCUUCAGUGUUGAUGACAAUGAGGAUGAGGUCGAGGCGGAUAUCAACAGAGAGUAUCUGGAAGGGUAUCAAGAUGGUCUCAGACAGAGGCUGAGGAAACCGAAGAACCAGGCCUUUUCCGAUAAUAACUCUGAGACUUCUUCGUUGCGAAAGAGGGCAAGCAUAUCCGACCCCAAACAGAGAGUUGCGGAGCUGGAGAUGGACAUUGCCUCAAAACUGGCCACCACCAGUAGAGAGAUUUCUUUGCUGCGAGAACUGGAGGGAGAUUCAAUUCACAAGCAGACAUCGUUUCAGGAAGAUGGUGAAGCAUAUGCUGGUGAUUUGACGUCGCAAACGGCAGAUGGUGCGGAGGAGUACGCUGGCUCUGAUGGUGAUAACGAGUCCAUUUCGUCCGUGGAGAGUUUUACUCUCAGGGAAAGGCAAGAUGCCAUCAACAGUACCCAUCCCUUUGGUAUAAGGAUCUGGAAGCCUGCUAUCUACAAAAAGGUGAGAUCUGUUGAACGCGAAGCCGAUCUGGACAUCCAUUCUGAUGCGAAAGAGGCCCGCAAGGUGCACGUUUGGGUAUCCCUUUGCAAUUAUUUGUGGUCGCUAACGUUUGGAUUGUUUUUAUUUCUUAUUUGUUUGGUGGCUGGCUUAAUAACGGUGGUGAUCUCUUUGGCGUUGGGCAACGACAAGGACUCUUUGAAAUACGGCAAGCUAUAUAUAGAUAUGGCUCUGUACUUGCUGUAUCCUUUUGGGAAGCUCUUGUUGCUACACCGUGAUCAGCGGUAUUUCAACGAAGAUGCUGGUGAAGGAAGUUCCUUGGUGGAAUACAGAAGAUGGAGAACUCAGGAAGAAGGAAGGCUGUUCUAUGCUCCCCAGCCCAAGCGAGGACCUUUCUCAGAAACCUCUCCUUUGGUGCAGACGCUCAAUGGAGCUCGGUUGCCUUCUGAGGAUGAAGAAGAUGAAGACGAUGUUCGGUUUUACAAGAAGAGAUGGCUGGGAAGAGGCAGAUGGUGUGCGGGUCGUGUUGUUUUCUACCUGGUGUUUUACCUCUUCAUCGAACCGGUCUUCCUGGCGAUCUCUUUGGUUGCCUGGCUGGGGGUUUUCACCAUCCCAAUGGCCAAGAUAAUCACCAUUUUCUCAUCUCAUAUCCGCCGCCAUCCUCUUGGACUCAUUAUGGUAAACGAAACCAAAUAUCACCAGGCAAAUCUGGAGUCUACUCAUACUAACGACAGCAUCCUCAUCUGCACCUAUAGGUCUUUCGGGCUCCAUUACUACAAAUACACUGUUGAUGGAACAAACAUUUUUUUUAUCAACCUAAUCUUCCUUGUGGGUUUUGUCAUAUUUGACUUUUAUUUUAUCAAGGAGUAUUUGGAAUUGGACGUUUUUGUUGCGAACGAAUCGCUCAUCUUUGCACUGUGCCUUAUCAGCGUGAUACCAUUGGCAUAUUUCAUUGGCCAGGCCGUGGCCUCCAUUUCGGCUCAGACCUCCAUGGGAUUGGGUGCUGUGAUCAACGCGUUUUUCUCGACUGUUGUCGAAGUAUUUCUGUACUGUGUUGCACUUAAUCAGGGAAAAGGCAAACUGGUGGAGGGCUCCAUGAUAGGCUCAAUCCUGGGUGCUGUUUUGCUCCUUCCGGGAAUGUCCAUGUGCGGUGGUGCGAUCAAAAGGAAGACUCAGAGAUACAACCCGAAUUCUGCCGGUGUCUCAUCGACAAUGCUGCUGUUUGCGACCCUGACCAUGUUAUCGCCCACUGUGUUAUAUCAGAUCUACGGUCGAUACCAGCUCCAAUGCAGUGCCUGCGAGUUCGGCGAAAUAUCGAAUUUUGCCAACAACGGAUCUGAAAAAUGCCAAAGAUGCCAUUUUAUCCAGCCUCCCCUGGCUAUGGAUGAACUCUAUACCAAGUACUUGAAGCCAUACUCCAUUCUGUGUGCCAUAUUUCUCUUUACUGCCUAUUGCAUCGGUCUGUGGUUCACCUUGAGAACACACGCUGCGCUUAUAUGGACAACUCCGGUCUCUGCGGAGAAGCCCAAGGAAGAGACCAAUCCUGUUGGAGGUGCGGGCCCUUUGGUUUCACCAUCCCCUAAUCUCCGCUAUACUGAGCCGCUUCGUUCGCCCAGUGCAUCCCUCAAGGCGGAUGCCAAAUCCAAGAAUGCGACCCAGCCAGCGGUGGAGGCUUCUGGAGGCCAUGACGCUCCAAACUGGUCAAGAUCCAAGUCCACAGCAAUUCUCCUCGGUGCAACCUUGGCAUAUGCCAUCAUUGCAGAGAUCCUCGUUGACUGUGUGGAUGUGGUCUUGAGUGAGUUCCCCAUCAACCCCAAAUUCCUGGGACUCACGGUUUUUGCCCUAGUGCCCAACACCACCGAGUUUGUGAAUGCUAUUUCCUUUGCUAUGAACGGAAAUGUGGCUCUUUCUAUGGAAAUCGGUUCGGCCUACGUUUUGCAGGUAUGCCUGCUUCAAAUUCCGGCUCUGGUCAUCUACUCCAUAGUCCAGGCCCAACGCUUUUCCGUCUCCAACAUCAAUAACAUGUUCACGCUGAUAUUUCCGCAAUAUGACUUCAUCUCGUGCCUGAUGGCAGUAUUCCUGUUCGUCUAUGUCUACGCCGAGGGAAAGUCCAAUUACUUCAAGGGCUCCGUUCUAAUCCUGUUAUACCUGGUGCUGACAUCUGGGUUCUACGCCGCCAUCGAAAUCGACUCUACAGCCGAAGCUGCAUUCUAA